AUGGUUAAGCCUAUUAUACUCCUCAGGGCAGAGACCAAGCCUCUUGAGCACCGCUCCGUCUUGACACCGUCAUGUAUUACAGCUCUGAUCAGCGCAGGAUACACUGUCAAAUGCGAACGCUGUGACAAGAGAUGCUUCCGCGAUGAAGAGAUGGAGGCUGCUGGCGCAAUUCUAGUCCCCACAAACUUCUGGGUAGAAGCGCCUCUUGACCACAUUAUUGUGGGGCUCAAGGAGUUGAUGCCUUCAGAUGACUUUGCCCUUGAACAUGUUCAUUUGCAUUUCGCGCAUGUCUUUAAGGAGCAACAAGGCUGGACCAAGACCUUGCUUCGCUUCGCCCGUGGAGGUGGCUCUCUGCUGGAUAUCGAAUUCCUUGAAGAUCACGUUGUUAAAGAUCGCCUUUUGGCUCCCACUAGCUUUUAUGCUGGAUUUUGCGGAGCUAUUCUGGCUAUACAAGCGUGGACUCACCAGAUUUUGCAUCCGGAAGAACCAGAGCUUGCAGAAAUUCUGCCAUAUGAAAGCGAGCGUAAAGCAGUCGAAGACACCAUUUCCCACCUACAGGAUGGAGUCAAGACUAUUGGUCGUCCACCAACAAUCAUGAUUGUGGGAGCCUCUGGAAAGUGUGGUUUAGGAGCUGUGGACCUAUGCCAACGUCUUGGGUUAGACUCCCAAAACAUUCUUCAGUGUGGCCGGGCACAUACCUCGAAGCCGAUAUUUGCCAAACAAGUGCUGCAAGCCGAUAUACUCAUCAACUGCAUCUAUCUUACCCAAGAUACCAAGCCAUUUGUCACAAUGGAUGCAUGUCGAGAAUUGAAUCGGCGUCUGUCCGUUAUUUCCGAUGUGAGCUGUGACGGCGAAGACCCUGGUAAUCCCAUCGCCAUUUACUCGGGCCAUAGCACUUUUAAACGGCCGAGUUUUAUUGUUCCUACCAGUGAAGGUCCUACGUUGAGUGUCAUCUCGAUCGAUCACCUCCCGAGUCUGAUUCCCAGAGAUGCGAGUGAAUAUUGCGCAAACCAAUUAUUGCCCAGCCUCCUCAAACUCGACGAGUGGCAAACAGCAGAUGAAUGGAGAAUGGCUCGAGAGCUGUUCGAGAAAAAUCUCAAAAAAGCAGUGAAGGUGGAAAAACAAACGCCAGGAUGGUUUUCGCAGCUUACACCAGACUCGAACCCAUCUCCAGAUCUUUCCGUCAGGAGCAGUAGCAGUGUCUCUGUUGGCGACCAGUCAGGCGCUUCAAGUGUGUCAUCUCUGAUGUCCAAACUGAGCGUAAAGCCUGGCAAGUUUCACAAUUCACCACUCGAGAUUGAGAAGACCGUUAGCCCUCCACUUGAUCCUCUUGACCCUUUGAUGUCGAGUUUCAAAGAUGACUUUGAUACCAAAGCUGUCCAUGCAGGGCAUAGAAAACAUGACCCAGCAACAGGCGCAGUAUCCAUGCCCAUCACCAUGUCAUCAACGUACGCGCAAGCGGCCGCUAACAAUGCGGUAGGAGAGUACGUGUACUCUCGCAAGGCAAAUCCAAACCGGAGUGAUUUCGAAAGAUCCGUGGCGGCACUUGAACAAGCCAAAUACGGACUUGCAUUUGCUUCCGGCUCGGCGGCUAUCGCAAUGGUUGUCCAUAUGCUCAAGCCGUACAGUAACAUUAUCGCCAUUGCAGAUACGUAUGCCGGAACUCAGCGAACCUUUACCCUCAUGGCCGAGUUGCUCUCCAUCUCAACCACCUAUGUUGAAGGCACGGAGCUCUCCGCAGAUCUUGGAAAGUAUGUCACCGCGCAAACCAAAAUGGUUUGGAUAGAAUCGCCCAGCAAUCCGUUGCUUCGGAUUGUCGACGUCCGGGCAAUCGCUACCCAAGCGCAUCGUAUGGGUAUCCUGGUCAUAGUCGACAAUACUCUCGCGUCCCCUUUCAUCUUCAACCCUUUAGUACACGGAGCAGAUAUCACAGUGCAUUCGGCUACUAAGCAUCUGGCCGGCCACAAUGACGUGGUUCUAGGUGUCCUGGCUACCAAUUCCAAGGAGAUGCGCGACCGCCUGGCAUUCCUGCAGAAUGCUAUCGGUGCUGUUCCUUCGCCAUUUGAUUGCUGGCUUGCAUCUAGAGGCCUCCGAACCUUCCACUUACGCAUCAACCGAGCUAACAGCAGUGCACAAGCCAUAGCGGAGGCACUGAAGAGCUCACCUCAUGUCAUCGAAGUGAUGUAUCCAGGGCUAGAAUCACACCCCGGACGCGAGAUAGUCAAGAAACAGCACAACCAUGGUGGUGCGGGAGGUUGUCUAGUUUCUUUCCGAAUCAAGGGAGGUUUCAAAGCCGCGGAAGACUUCUGUCGGUCCUUGCGCUUGUUCACUCUCGCCGAAAGCUUUGGGAGUGUACAGAGCCUUUGCGAGGUGCCAGGCCCCAUGACCCAUAAGCUUCUGACAUCUGAGCAGAGGGCAGCCAUUGGUGUUUAUGACGAUCUGGUGAGACUUAGUAUGGGGGUUGAGGCUCCUAACGAUCUCAUCCAGGAUAUUCUCCAGGGGUUGGAGACUGCACGUGCUGGAUAA